UGUCGCGCCCUUAAACCCCCCUUAAUCCUUAUCCAAAAUGUCCCUCCUUUCUCCCUUCACUCCUCCCCCGUUCAAGCCCUACUGGUUCUCCUCCCGAAACGCCGUCGUGUGCACGGCAGCUACAUCCACUGUUGAGAGAAAGUCACGAAGAAAAAAACAACAGAAGCAGCAACAACGACAGCUAAAAAAGAGCGAUGAUUAUGGACUCUCUGCUGUGGUUUCCGCUGCAGAGAAGGGCCUCCGGUUCAGCUUCAUGGAGGAGCUCAUGGAACGCGCGAGAAAUCGCGAUGCCGUCGGCGUAUCGGACGUCAUUUACGAUAUGGUUGCUGCCGGGUUGAGCCCUGGUCCUCGCUCCUUUCACGGUCUCAUUGUUGCUCAUUCUCUCAAUGGAAACCUCGAAGGCGCGAUGCAAUCGUUGAGAAGAGAGUUGAGUACUGGUAUUCGUCCUCUCCAUGAAACGUUUAUGGCUCUGAUUCGUUUGUUUGGCACCAAAGGCCAAGCUACUAGAGGCUUAGAUAUCCUCGCUGCAAUGGAGAAGUUAAACUACGACAUUCGUUUGGCUUGGAUUGUGCUCGUUGAGGAGCUUGUUAAGAAUAAGUAUUUGGAAGAUGCCAAUAAAGUGUUCUUGAAGGGCGCCAAAGGUGGACUAAGGGCUACAGAUGAGCUCUAUGAUCGCUUGAUUGAGGAAGACUGUAAAGCUGGGGAUCAUUCUAAUGCCCUAGACAUUGCCUAUGAAAUGGAGGCAGCUGGGCGGAUGGCAACCACUUUUCAUUUCAAUUGUCUUCUUAGUGUCCAGGCUACUUGCGGAAUACCUGAAAUAGCUUUUGCUACAUUUGAGAACAUGGAAUAUGGAGAAGAAUAUAUGAAACCUGAUGCCGAGACUUAUAAUUGGGUGAUCCAAGCAUAUACAAGAGCUGAAUCUUAUGACAGGGUACAAGAUGUUGCGGAGUUGCUUGGCAUGAUGGUUGAAGACCACAAACGUUUGCAACCUAAUGUGAGAACUUAUGCGCUGUUAGUGGAGUGCUUUACCAAGUACUGUGUAGUACGUGAAGCUAUUCGGCAUUUUCGUGCGCUCAGAAAUUUUGAAGGAGGAACAAAAGUUCUACACAAUGAAGGGAACUUUGGGGAUCCACUUUCUUUAUAUCUUCGCGCAUUAUGUCGAGAAGGUAGGAUUGUUGAUUUGCUAGAAGCUUUAGAAGCUAUGGCCAAAGAUAAUCAACAUAUUCCACCGAGAGCCAUGAUAUUGAGCAAAAAAUAUCGGACAUUAGUUAGCUCGUGGAUCGAACCAUUGCAAGAAGAAGCUGAACUUGGAUACGAAAUUGAUUAUGUUGCUAGGUACAUUGCAGAAGGUGGGCUUACAGGUGAGCGCAAGCGAUGGGUGCCUAGAAGAGGAAAAACUCCUCUAGAUCCUGAUGCUGCUGGCUUUAUGUAUUCAAAUCCAAUGGAAACUUCAUUUAAACAAAGAUGCCUGGAGGAUUUGAAGAUCCACCAUAGAAAACUUUUGAAAACUUUACGGAAUGAAGGUCUCACAGCUUUGGGUGAUGUAUCAGAAUCUGAUUAUCUAAGAGUAGAAGAAAGAUUGAAGAAAAUAAUUAAGGGUCCUGACCAGAAUGUCCUAAAGCCCAAGGCUGCUAGUAAGAUGAUAGUUUCUGAAUUAAAGGAAGAGCUAGAUGCACAAGGUCUACCAACUGAUGGAACUAGAAAUGUUCUUUACCAGCGAGUACAAAAAGCAAGGAGAAUAAACCGCUCUCGUGGUCGACCACUCUGGGUUCCUCCUGUGGAAGAGGAAGAAGAAGAGGUUGAUGAAGAGCUGGAUGAACUAAUUUCACGGAUAAAGCUGGAAGAAGGAAAUACAGAGUUCUGGAAGCGUCGAUUUCUUGGAGAAGGCUUGAGUAGUAAUCAUGUUAAACCUGUCAACAUAGGUAGAACAGAACUUCCAGACGUGUUGGAUGAUGUUGAUGCUGUAGAAGAUGCUGAAAAGGAUGUUGAAGAUGAGGAAGCUGAUGAUGAAGAGGAGGUAGAAGUAGAAGUAGAGGUAGAACAAACUGAGAACCCCGAUGGAGACAGGAUUGUUAAGGACAAGGAGGUUGAAGCUAAGAAGCCUCUUCAAAUGAUUGGAGUCCAACUGCUGAAGGAUUCUGAUCAAACACUUACAAGAUCGAAAAAAUCAAAGAGAAGAUCAGCUCGAGCAUCAGUUGAGGAUGAUGAUGAUGAUGACUGGUUUCCCGAAGAUAUAUUUGAGGCAUUCAAGGAGCUAAGAAAAAGAAAAAUUUUUGAUGUAGAAGACAUGUAUACUAUAGCUGAUGCUUGGGGUUGGACAUGGGAGAGAGAGAUAAAGAACAAGCCUCCACGAAAAUGGUCACAAGAAUGGGAAGUUGAGUUGGCAAUUGAAGUAAUGCUGAAGUCAUCUGUAUGUUGGAUGUUUACCAUCAUUCCACUUCAACUGAAAGAAUUACUGGAUAUUGUUUCAGACAAUAGAACUGGGAGGAACACCCACCGUUGGGGACUGUGCCAUGAUAUUGCGUGCAGCCAUAAGGGCUCCGAUGCCUUCAGCAUUCUUGAAAAUCCUGCAGACAACGCAUAGUUUAGGUUAUGCAUUUGGGAGUCCUCUUUAUGAUGAAGUAAUCACCUUGUGUAUCGACCUGGGGGAAAUAGAUGCAGCGAUUGCCAUAGUUGCAGACUUGGAGACUACAGGAAUCACCGUCCCAGACGAAACACUUGACAGGGUGAUUUCUGCUAGACAGGCGGCUGACAAUGACAAAGACAAAGACACAGACAAAGACAAUACCAAUUCCAUUGCUGCUAAUUCGAAUGUGGAUGAUGAGACAUCAUCACAUCCAUAGCUAAAUUUGUAUGCUUCCAUCUUCCUAUUGUACAGUUUUGAUGUGGAAUUUGCCCACUAGCAGAUUUCUUGACCGAAAAAUUCUGAGGUGAGUUUAGGCAGUUGAAGGGUGUAAAAUUAUCUCAUGAAUCCAUCAAAUAAAAUAUUCAGAAAAUUUAUUAAAAAAAUAAAAUGACUUUACCCAGGUUUUUUUUUUGGGUGGUGGUGGAAGGGUCCGAUUUUAUAUAUAUAUAUAUUUGUGUGAAAGAUAAUUGGAAUGAUAUUCUUGUACAAAGUCAAUUAGAACUGGUAGGCAGGCUUGCCUUGAGAAGAAGUGGAGGAAUAGUAAACAUUUGGUUGCGUAUUUUUCAAAUAAUGUUGCUCGAUUACUCU